AUGCCUGAACGUGGGCAUGUGCGCAGGGACUACAAGAUGGGCCGCAUUGAAGUGGUGUGCGAGGGGUACGACUACCCCGACGACCCCUACAUCCUCAAGGGCAGCUGCGGACUCGAGUACCGCGUGGAGCGCCGCAGCGGAAGGUACCCCCCUCCCCCCUCCCAGCAGCCUCGUCUUCGUCUUCGUCUUCGUCUUCGUCUUCAUUUUCGUCCCAGAGAGCUGACGA